AUGGGCAAGAAGAGCAUCCACUUCGGCGGCGGCAACAUCGGACGUGGCUUCGUUGCCGAGUUCCUGCACGAGUCUGGCUACGAAGUCGUCUUUGUGGAUGUUAUUGACAGCCUCAUCGAGACCCUCCAGAAGACUCCAAGCUACGAGGUCACCGAGAUCGGACCAGAGGGCGAGAAGAAGUUCACAAUCGACAACUUCCGCGCCAUCAACAGCAAGCAUGAGAUGGACAAGGUGAUCCACGAGAUCGCUACUGCGGACACCGUCACCUGCGCCGUCGGCCCCAACAUCCUCAAAUUCAUCGCCGAGCCAAUUGCCAAGGGUAUCGAGGCCCGCAAGGAGAGCAACCCGAUUGCUGUCAUUGCUUGCGAGAACGCCAUUGGAGCCACCGACACUCUCCGCGGCUUCAUCGAGCAGAAGCUGUCCGACGAGACCAAGGCCAACAUCAAGGACAAGGCUCGCUUCGCCAACUCGGCCAUCGACCGUAUUGUGCCACUACAGGACGAAGGCAUGGGCAUGAACGUGAAGAUUGAGAAGUUCUACGAGUGGUGUGUUGAGUCCGCCCCGUUCAAGCCCAGCGAACCACCAGCGAUCAAAGGCGUGCACUACGUUGAGGACCUCCAGCCGUACAUUGAGCGCAAGUUGUACACUGUCAAUACUGGCCACGCCACCGCCGCCUACUACGGCUACAACAAAGGCAAGACGUACAUUCACGAGGUGCUUGAGGACAAGGAGCUGCAUGACAUCGUCCAGAACACUCUCAAGGAGACCGCUCACCUCAUCUGCACGAAGUUCACCCACAUCAGCAAGAGCGAGCAGGAGGAGUACGUUCAGGCCAUCGUCAAGCGUAUCUCCAACCCAGUGCUGAAGGAUGUGGUGGAGCGUGUCGGUCGUGCUCCCCUCCGCAAGCUUUCCCGCAAGGAGCGCUUCAUCGGACCAGCGGCUAUGCUUGCCGAGAACGGCGAGAAGGUGGACUGCCUGAUGGGUGGUGUCGAGAUGGCCCUGCGCUUCCAGAACGUUGAGGGCGACGAGGAGAGCGCGGAGCUGGCCAAGAAGAUGAAGGAGAUGAGCGCGACCGAGGCGACGAAGAGCCUCACUGGGCUGGAGGAGAACCACCCCCUCUUCAAGCGUGUCGAGGAGGCCGUCGCGAAGGUCCAGAAGGAGAAGCUCUUCGGCAACACGCUCGUUCGCUUGAGUCUCCGAGGCCGGCAACCGGAAGUGCAGCCCACGGCGCCUCCGCCACCGAACAUCAACGACCUGGCGGGCAGGGGACCCUGGAGAAGGGCAGCGAGGAUGGCCAUUGACUGGGUUCCUCACCCUGAAGCGCAGAACCUCGCCAAAGCAGAGAAGGGCUUCUACCCCGUCCGCAUACCAGUCGCCCACUGGCAACUCCGACACUACAUCUCCACCCCCGAGCCCGACCUCCUCUACUUCGCCUCGGGUCAUGAUAUAUUUUGCCUGAAUACAAGCACGAAGAAGCGCAAGCACAUCGCUUCAAUCCCCUUCGAAGCACGAUGUACCGCCAGCGGCUUCGGCUACGUCUGUAUCGGCGGCGAGGAGCGCGGACACUUUGCGGCGAUCAAGCUGGACGGAUCAGCUGGGAGAGGAAGCAUGGACGUGGACACAGCUCUGCCUCUGGAUUCGUGGCGGCAGGCACAGCAGCAUACGCAUGAUGGCGGCAGGAGAGCGGCGAGCGUCAAUGUACAGCGGAUCGGGGAGGAUAUAGUGAAUUCGAUCUCGAUACACCGCAUACAGGACGAGGAGGCGCAUCUGGACGACAUUGUGGCGGUCCUGACGAACAACGAUCGGACGGUCAGAGUCUACAGCUUACCUUCGAGCACCGAGACUGCUUGUCUAGAGCUGCCGUUCUUCAUGAACCAUGCUACCGUCAGUCCAGAUGGGCAGACGCUGGUGGCGGUAGGUGAUGUGAAUCUGGCCUACUUCUUUACGAGGGAAAUCGUGCAGCAGCCACCGCAGAUACACAAACCGCACAACAGACUUACGAGCGCGAGCAUCAAGUGGACGUUAACGAAUGUUGUCAGCCUACAUUUCUCGGAGCAGGCGAGCACGAUGUGCUAUUUCACAACCGCCUGGAGCCCGAGCGGGCAACUGGUCGCUGUGGGCUCGGAGGGCGGAUACAUCACAGUCCUUGACAUCGACUUUUUGAAAGACUCGGAUGUUGAUGACAGUGAUGCGGUGGUGGCGGUAGUGCCUGGCUCGAGACCCGAUCUGACCAACCCUCAUCCCGGCGCCAUACGAACAAUGAUGUUUUCGCCUGAGCCUUGGGAUCUACUUGUUUGGGCUGAAGACCAAGGACGGAUAUGCAUCGGCGAUCUGCGAACGGGUCUCAAGAGUCGGCAGGUCAUUAGCUUGGAGCCCAGGGAUGAGAAGCUACGGCGGAUGGCGUACGAAGAUGUGCCGAGCGAGGAUGUCAUGAGCAUGGGCUCGCAUCCUUCUGGGCUGGCUUUGGAUCUGCGAGAGCUUGACGAGCUGGAGCGAGAUUUGAUACGGCGGUAUCGGCAGGGCGAGGAUACUGCGUACGAAUCGCUUGAUGCGCGGAGAAGACAUCGGCAGCAGAGGGUUGACUUGGCGAGCGCGCGAAGCCAGAUGCAGGCUGAACGGGAUGCACGGCAGCAGGCGGCGCUCCUCGACGAUCCACGAGGCCUUACCGCUCGAGAACAGCAGGUCCUUGACAAUUUAAGGACGGCAAGACAGCAGGAGGAGGCACGAUCGCAGAAUGGUGGACAGCCGAGAGGUGUCAACUACACUUCAGCUGACAUGUUUCGAGAUACACCUUCUACACGCUCAGGUGCUACAAGUACUGAGGCUGGCGACCCUUCGACAAGACCGAUCAGUGAGAUUUUGAGCUCGGUGCAAGACUCUUUUCCAGAGCUCUCCAGGACGAAUGCAGCGAGCCCAGGGCCGCGGCCAAGAUCAUCACAUGGUCCUGACACGCCCGAUUCGCUUCCAUCGCUUGAGAGCAUGAGCAAUAGUGGCAGAGGUAGCGGAGCGAGCCAAUGGGCGGCAACGACCAACAGUCUCGUCCGACUCAGCGAUGGCUCACGCUUACCUCGCCGCCGAGCUUCAGUUGUCCUCAGUCCACCCGCUACCGACUCCCCUUCGAGCUCUACCAGCCGUGGCCCCGCUGCCGAUGCCGCCGCGGCCGCUGCUGAAGAAGAUCAGAACCCCUGGCGUACCAUCGAAGAGCACAUGUCGCUUGCCCGCGGUCCGCUGUUCGAGAAUGCUCGCUCACGCUUGCAAGAGGGUGCUGCUCGAGCAUCCCCACCAACCGGCAUCCGCGACUACAGCUCUCCAUCGAGCAUGCGGCCGACAGAAUCUGACCUUCAAACCGAGUUGGCUGCCGAACGCGCUCGGGCUCGCUCUCUCGCACGUCAGCGUGAUCGGCUACGCAGUCUGGGAGACGCACGAGAUUCUGGCCUUGCUGGUGCGACUCUAGGCCCAAAUGCCGGAGCAGCUGCUCGUGCGUUCCCUGGCGGUUUCACUCAAGGCAACGAGAUCUUACUUCGGAGGGUGCAGCUCCAGCAGAUGCAGCAGCUACGGAAUGGGUUUGGGAGGGAGGUCGGUGUGCGGACUGCAGGACUGGCCAUGAGUCCCGAUGGCAGGACGUUGUGGGCUGCUUGUGAAGACGGCAUCUUUGAGGUGGACAUUGGGGUCAAGGCGAGGAUGUUCUGGCCGGCUAUUGAUCCGAGGUGA